AUGGAGAAAGAAGCAAUCUUGGUGAGAAUUGUCACUAUCGUGACCUUGAUUUACCUGCCAGCAACAUUUGUGUCGACCUUUUUCAGUACGGACAUCAUCAAGUAUCAAGACUCAGAUUCGCCAAAGGGCACUUUCUCGCCGAUUGCAAUGGAACGAUGGCUGCAAGUCACUCUUCCGCUCACCUCUCUGACGCUCUUGGUCGCAUAUUACGGAAACAAAUGGGCGGAAAGCAAAUCUCGAGGAAGGAUGCUUCCCACUGCCCGCGGCGUUCCAACCAGAGACCAGGGGGAGAACAGCAGCACCGAGGAGUUCGGGCGUACCGGGGCCGGAUACGGUCCCACAACAGCGUUCACGAAGUUUCUCUACUACCUUCAGAGUGAUGGUAUUCGCAGAACGAAUUUCGAAGGAAAAGAAUUCUACUUUCCGAGGCAGAUUUCCCGAUGGCUCCUCCAGAAAGGGAGCAACGCAACAUCGAGUAGAGUCGUGCGCUUGUUUUCCGCCAUUUACGACAAUCGAGAAGGUUUUACGGGGAAGUUCUUUCCUACUCUGAAAGACAAAGACGUUGAACGCGAUCCCAUCUUAUUCGCAAUCUUGGUGCAAAUGGAGUGCGGCCAUAUGCUUCAUAUAUUCCGCAACUCAAUAGCGGACACUCACCUCGGUUUCCACAACUUGUCUCAUCUAUACACCGACAUCGAGCAGGCUUUGAAGGAGGACAAAAUCACACUGCCGGACCGAUACAAAACCACAGGUUAUACGGGUGUCUCCACAGACUUCGAACGUCGGCGUUGGGCCUUCCACCCAGCACUGAAUGUCCUCGACAUGGUUGAGACAGGCAUCGAAGGGAAAAGCAUUUUGCCAUUCUUUGACCGCGAUAUAAUCAACGAGGGAGGAACUGCCGAAGUACAUCACCACAAGAUUCAUGCUGAUCUGGUGGAAAACGAGAACCUGCGGCAGAUCUUAGAGCCCAGGAAGCAAGAUCACAACACAGGCAUUGAAUACUAUGAUUUUGCAGUCAAAUCAUACCUCAAUGGUUUUGAUGAUCUUUACAAGUUAGAUAGUGAUGCCUUCAAGCGGUUUAACGGCACCAAAGACCCGAGGUCUCUCGGCGUAGUCACCUAUCUAGGAGAGUACCUUCGUCAUGAUCGGACAGACAACGGCUUUUCACAGGGAAUCACACGCCACAUAAUGCUGGAGUUUGGAGAGCAAGACCUCGAUGAGUACUUGGCAGAUACAUACCCCCCUGUUCUGAACGAAGAGAUCAUUGCCUUUUGGGAGAGCCUGUUUGAAAUCGCGAAGACUCUUGCAAGAAUCCACCAGCUAGAGCAUGAGCACCUGAGCGAGAGGAGCCAGCCGGAGAGGCCAAACGGCUUGAUUCAACCACGAUUGACACAUGGUCUUUAG